ACUUUCAGUUCCGUUUGACAGCGUUACAGGGCAACUUCACAAAACCCCUCGUAGUAUUUUAGGACGGAUUUCGUUUAAGAAUACCGGCUUCGGUCUUCAGGUCCACCUAUUUAGUUCGCAAACCACUUUACUUUGUAGGCUACAUCUUGCGGCAUUUAUCCAAGCUGUGAUGGCCGCAAAGAAGAGGAGUCACGCCGGCAUGGGCGAUGUGCAGGACGGAUUCCUGCCCGCCUCGAAGCAGGUCAGGGACGGAGAGAGGAGACACAUCGCUGCCUUGAUUCUGGCGAGGGGAGGAAGCAAGGGGAUUCCUCUGAAAAACAUCAAAAUGCUCGCAGGUGUCCCACUCAUCGGGUGGGUGUUGAGGGUUGCCGUGGACUCUGACGUAUUCGACAGUGUGUGGGUGUCUACUGACCAUGACGAAAUAGAGAGGGUAGCAAAGGCUUGGGGGGCCAAGGUGCACCGCAGGAGCCCUGAAGUCUCCAGAGACUCCUCUUCUUCAGUGGAUACAAUCAAGGAGUUCAUCAGGCUUAACCCAGAGGUGGAUGUAGUCUGUCACAUCCAGGCCACUUCCCCUUGUCUCCAUCCGUUUCAUGUGAAGGAAGCCCUAGAGAUGAUCACGCUGCAUGGCUUCGACUCUGUAUUUGCUGUGGUCAGGAGACACCAGUUCCGCUGGAAGGAGGUCAAGAGAGAGUCUGGUGAGAUGACAAAGCCACUAAAUAUGGAUCCAACCAACAGACCGCGGCGUCAGGACUGGGAUGGAGAACUCUGUGAAAAUGGAUCCUUCUACUUUUGCACUAAAGAGCUCCUAGAGACUCAGGGAUGUCUGCAGGGUGGUAAGGUAGCCUACUAUGAGAUGCUGCCAGAGUAUAGUGUGGACAUAGAUGUGGACAUUGACUGGCCUGUAGCAGAGCAGAGGAUUCUCAGGUUUGGUUACUUUGGGAAACAAAAGCUCGAGGUGGUUCAGCUGAUGUUGUGUAACAUGUCUGGAUGUUUAACGGAUGGAAGGAUCUAUAUAUCUGCAUCCGGAGAGGAGAUGUUGUCCAUCAGUACCAGAGACACCAUGGGCAUCCACAUGCUGAUGAAAGAAGGAGUGAAGGUGGUACUGUUGGUCUCAAGUGAGGACCCCAUCACCAAGGUGUUGUGUGACAAGGUGGCCCAGAGAACGGGUUGCCAGGUGCUGCAGAUGGGAGCGGAGGUGCUGGGAGACGUGGAGGAAUUGAUGGAGGAAAUGAAGCUGGAUUGGAAGGAUGUGGCUUACAUGGGUAAUGAUGAGCCGGAUGUCUUGUGUCUCAAUCUGGCGGCUCUGAGUGCUGUACCACGAGACGCACCGGCGGUGGCGGUCAAUGCUGCGAAGUACACUUGCCGCAGUCCUGGAGGAAUGGGAGCUGUCAGGGAGUUUGCUGAAUACAUCUUGCUUCUGAAAAAAAAGGCAAAGUCCCAGAUGGAACAGGAUCGCAUCAACCGACAGCACUUCUAGUUUUAAAGUCAGCCUUAAUUGUAGGGUUGUAAUGGUUCCUGGUCAGUCCUGUUGGGGGGUGCUUCAGUGGC